UGUUAUGGUGGAUGCUCCUUGUGAAGCUAAUGAAGCUCUACAUUAAUAAUAUGAUUCAACAUCCACCAUCCAAGAUGUUAAGUGAACUUGACAUCACACUUUAAUAAAAAAAUAUUGAGAUUUUAAUUUAUGAAUUUUUUCUUCACUUAUAUAGUGUUCAACCUUCACAGGCGAUAUGGAACUUCACCUCAUACUUGGACUCCGACACUCUCCAAUAAUAUGAAAAGUCAUGCAUCUUAUGUUUAUAAUGAUUAUUAUCAGAGAAAGCAUAAUAGUGGUGGAACUUGUGACUUUGAUGGUACCGCUACAAUUACUACCAAGGAUCCUAGUUCUUCAUCCUGUAUAUUUGCCAGAAGUUAUAACUCGAGCACUAGGCUCCAAUGGCUCUUGGAAAUUCAGGCCCCUUUGGUGCGAGUAUGAACCCAUAAGUGUCUAGCCUUAAGUAUUUGAUAUCUGCUGUUGGUGUAUUUUUGGCUCUGGCGGUGUUAUGACCACAAAGGUUGAUGCCCUUUAAGUUUCAAUUCAAUGAAAUGUGGUCCUAUCGAUUUUGUUUCUAA